AAACACUGUUUAGUCGCUAGCUGGACGUGAUGUUGGCCGGAAGGGCAGCACGGCAAACCCAAAAAAGAAAACCAUCAAAAACUCUUUACUGAAUAACUCUAAGCCGUAACAAAAGUGUGGCAACAGUGAGGUGUUCGUGCCGUUGAAACAACAAGUAUCCGCAGUACUUUCUCUUUCGGUCGUUUCCAGUAGUGUAUGCGUGUUUGAGUGUGUGUGUUUGUGUGUGGCAUGUGUGCGUGUUAGCCAACUGAAUCGUAGUGCGCGUGUGUGCGUUUGUUUUGGAUGCAAAUCAAAGCGCAGCUCACCUGAAAAGUAUGCUUUAAAAUUUCGUACUUUCGUUUGUGUACUUGUAACUCUGGAAAGUUUGUGUUUUUAUUUGACUGCCGCUCGGCGCAUUUACAUAAGUGAACUUUGGCAUGCGCGCGGCCUGCUCCACAUGGACUGCUCCGCUGCUGUAGCCAGUAACGACAACGACGUUUCCACUGAAUAAUUAAUGCAAUCAAGCAAUUUGAACCCGUUUCGCCGUGGAGUGUGCCAGCGCCAGUUUUAGAACGGUUUCAACGUGACCAUAAUGAGAGCUCCCCCAGUCACUAAACUCACUGAACGAGCCAAGGAAUCCCCCACAAAAGAGUUUUAAACUGACCAAAAAAAAAAAAAGAAACAAAAACAGAAAAACGAAAGAAAGCUUCAAGGAACAAGGAACAAGGAGGAGGGAAGACUAUAUUUUUCGAGAGCACUAUAUAUCUACUAUAUAUAAUAUACUAUACUAACAAGAGAGAGAGCCUAACUAUAUAUACUUACUUAGUGCUAACUGACCACGCAUAUUCCAAUCAUAAAUUAUCGUGAUAAAAAUUCUUAGGCGCUGAAAGCCCAUUUCAAUUUUCACCCAAAAACGAUAGAAGAAGAACAUUAGAAAAUGAGAGAGAGCGUGCGAGGGAGAUGAGAGAUUCUGUCUGCAGACCAACAAAUUACUAAUAAUAAUUUUCAGAUUUAAACGACAACAAAAGCGAGACCAACAAACAUCUGCUGGCCACGCAAUCAGAAACAUAUACAAGUAUAUAGCAAAAAGUAGACAGCUUGGCAAAUAUAUUUCGAUUAAAAUAUAAACCAAAUUGAACUGGACAGAGCUUUGACACGAAAACCAAAUAGCUUGCCAAGUGUCUCUGCCAACGGAUUUCGAAAACCGAACACACAUUUUCGCCUGAUUAUUGCGACAACAAUAGAGAUAAGAUUUGCCAUCAGUGGAAAAGCGUUUAAGUGGUUGGCGCAAAAAAAAGCAGCCAACAGGUUGUCGACGGCAGAUAAGGCCGACAUUUUCUCGAAAUUGCUGCGAUCCAAGAAAAGCGCUAAGAAAAACACUUGCAAAAAUUAGCAGCAGCAGCAGCAGCAACAGCAGCAGCAGGAGCGGGAGAAGCAGCACGAGCAGCGGUAGCAGCUGAUGGUCGGCGGUUCGGCGACGUUCGGUGCGAGAGGCCGUUUCAUCUAUAAAUAGUGUUUGAACACUUUCUGCGCGUGACAGCUGUGACAGCAGCCGCCGCUGUUGCCAUGACGUCAUUGGCUGGAUAAGCCACGUCACGGAUGCGGUAUAAACUGGUCGGGCUAAGGCCAAUAUAAAAGCAUAUCGCGUAUACGCCACAUUGACCCCCGGCAAUCAAAAACGCGUUCGAGUGUUUCCCAGAUUGAAGCGUUCGACAAAUAGGAGGCGCCAUGGCAGCAGCAUGAUAUUAUCAACAAUAGCAACAUGCGUAAAGCUAGCAGCAACAGCAGGAGUAGUAGCAACAUCAGAAGUAGCAACAGCAACAGCAACAACAGGAGCAACAUCUGCAGCAGCAGCAGUAGCAGCAGCAACAUCAACAGUCGAGCAGCCAUGAGAAUCGCGAGAAAGCACAGCAAAAAGAAAGAGCGGCGGAACACAAACAAAAAUUGUCAAAAUAUUUCAAUGCUUACAGCUGCUCGAGUCUCAGUCUAAAUUCGUCGUCGAUCGGUCGUAGUUCCUGUUGUUGUUAUUAUUAUUAUUAUUAUUGUUGUUAUUAUUAUUUGCUCUGUGUGUGCUGUGUAAAAAAACAAGAAAAUAUAAUAAAAAAUAAAAGGAAGUGCAACUGAAACGACUCGAAACGAGCUCUCAAACUCAAAAAACCCGUCAACGAAACACGAAAACUUAACCAAAAGUCAAAAUCGACAUACCACAUUCAUGUGCCACACAUAUAUGCUAUAUGUAGGAGUAUGUAAGCCCAGUGAAUCGGACAAACAACAGUGCGUGUGUUGUGUAAACAAACAAAUAUUUGUGCUACAUUCAAAUUUAAAGCGGAAUACAGAAAUGUCAAACCAACGACUCGAUAACAACGCAACAUCGCUGCAGACUCUCUGAACGGCUCGUCUUUAAGCAACGGCAAACAUGCAGCGAUCCAAAUGACAGCACGUCCCCGAGAAAUAAACUAAACUUGAACUCACUUUGUGAUAUACCUUGAGUAGCAGAAAUUAGUCACAAAAGAACAAAAAACCCACAAAAGACAGACAGCUGACAGGCACUGCUAACUGAGAACCCCAAAAAAGACAGGACCUUAAAAAAGAAAGACCCACCGAAUCCAAGAUUGUAUAGAGAAUCCCCUCCAGAAAGAAACAGAUAACCACCAACAAGCCAACAGCUGAGAUCCACUUAGCGCUGUGCCACCAUGCCACAUGGGGAAUGUGAGGAAUGUACGUAAUAUAUCCCGCCGAUGAGCUCAUCUUGAUGACCUAUGGUUUCUUUGCGCCACGUGUGAAACCGCGACCCUCACUCGACUGCCUGCCCGAGCCGCUCGUGCCCAUCGAGUAUCCAGCCAGAGCCACCACCAGUAACCUAUCAACCGGCAACAGCACCACCAAGGUCCCAACCACCGCCGCCGUCCACUUCGAGACCACUCCGCCCAUUGCCAUACAGCCAGCAACCGCUCCGGCAGCACUAGGCUCGUCUUUCUAUCCAGGAUCACCGCCAGCCUCACCGCUUUUCACCUAUCCGGGAUCACCUGUGACCUCGAACUUCUUUAGUUUUGAGGAGCCACCGCCGUUGGUGGUACAGAGUCAAUCCCAGAGCUUGCCGCCGACGCCCACACGUCGAACCUCGAGGGCUUCCCUGACCCACUCCAAUAACUCCAAUCUUUCCCACCAGGGUUCCACCAAGAGGAGCAGCCUACGGAGGAACAAUCAGCGUCCGCCUGCUGCGUCCAUGUAUAAUGAUUAUAAUGAUGCUAGCCAGAUGCAGGGGAGCAGUGCCACUGGACCAGGACGAGCACCAUUCCAGCGCAGCAGCGCAGCCUUUGAGCAGGAUCCGGGAGCAGUAGGAGGAGCAAUAGAGUAUGGAGAUCUCCGCUCCCGAAGCCCGAGUAUCUUUUUGGAGCCACCCACACCAGACCCCACACAUGCCCAUUUCGGACCAGGAUGGGGCAGACCCAUGUCGCCUAUGGAUUUGCCGCCGGAGAGGUCUUCGACCAGUGCUUCCGGAAGUAAAUCGCCCACGGGAAAGUCACGCCUGCGGCCUAAGCUCCAUCUGCCGCUGGGGCGAUUGGGCCGUUCCAGCUCCUCGGACACAAAGGAGAGCAACAGACUGCGCGAGGAUGUCCAUGUGCAUGUGGAGAAUCCGGUCUUCAGCAGCGAGAACCUGCGCCAGAACAACUUCGAUGCAUUCUUCGAGGCCCGCGAGCCGGUCAUCAAGCUCCAGCCGCGAACUCCUCACACGGCGCCAGCAGAUGGCAGUGGAAGGGGUUACUCACCGCCACUGGAGAACUAUGCGGGUGUCUAUGACUCACCAAGGACGAGGAGCCCCGCUGGCAAAGGUGGUAGCAGCGGGGGUGGUCUAUUUGCGCGAUCACCACGCGAGGAACGGGAAAGGAUGGCCGGAGCCAGGUCACGCAGUGCCGAUCAGUGUGACGGGGCGGUGGGUGGAGCAAGUGGAGCAGCCAGAGGAUCCAACUCGACGGGCGGCGGCGGCGGAGGGGGCGGGGCCAGUUCGGCCGGAGCGCCUUCCAAAGGUUCUUCGGGAAAAUCUUCAAGUGGUCGAAGAAGUCGUAGGAGGAGGAUCUUUGGGUGGAGGGGGCCACGCGGUGGUUCCCUUAGCCCCCAGGGCGGCAGCAUGGCGUCCUACAACGGCGUGCUCAAGGAUUACAGUCACAGCAGUUUGAACGAGGCUUUCAAAUCCCAGAACAAUGUCAACUUUAAGUUAAUUAAAACAGUAUCCGAUUUCUCCGAAACACUCUCCCGUCUGUACGAGGAACACGCAACUGCCCUCCAAGUUGCGGUCUCCAAUUAUCGCAAGAAGAAUGCCGAAUUACGCAAAGAGAGACCCGCCUGCCACUUGGCCAUCUUUCAGGCAUGGGAAACAUUCCUGCAGGAGGUCGAAACCGAUUCACAGGCCUGCAAUGACGUGGCCAGCGUCCUUUCCCGCCAGGUGUCGCGACCAAUGCUGGAUAAAUCCUUUCAUCGCAAAGUUCAAAGCCGUAAAAUAUUCACACACAGGGAGUCUUUUGAGACUAUUAUCGCAAAGACUGAAGAGAAGCUGUCAAAGUGCCGUGUGGACUACAAGCAGUGCCACCUGGCCCACCGACAGAAUCCCAGCCAGCACUCGCUCACCGAAUACAUCGACGCCCACAAUGCGUACGUGCAGCAGCUGCAUGCCACCAAUGGUAUGCUGGAGGCCUACCACACCGAUACCCUGCCCCAGCAGAUGCAGGAACUGGAGGAGAUCCACAAUGACCUGGUCGCCAUUGUGUCCGACUCGCUGAUGCAGGGCGCCGAAGUAAUUGCCGGCAAGGCCAACGACCAAUCCAAGCGGUACAACAGCCUGACCAACCAGUGCAGCGCGGUCUCACCUCAACAGGAUCUGGUGAACUUUGUACGCCUGUUGGCCCAACCAUCGCAGGCCCAGAAGAUACCCAGACGGGUCUUUGCAUCGCCCCAAGUAGAAGCCGGCGAAGAGGCGGGCGACCACAAUGAGAUGACGCCCUGCCUGCGGAACGAACUGGUCUUCGACCGGCACUCCACACUGUCACAACGCUCCGCGUUGGAGUCGCUGAAGCGAGAGGCCAUCGAAUUGGAAUUGCAAAUACGUCAACUGCAGGACUCUAUUGAGGCUUUGAACCGAACACAGACCCGUGGGAUCGAGGGUCAGCUGUAUAACAAGGUCAACGAGCUGCAGGAGGAUUUGUCUAUGAAGAAGUUUGACCUGCGGGCCAAGCAGAUCCAUUUGGCGGCCAUAAGAGCUCAGAAGGAUCUUUUCGUGAGCAAAGUUGAGCCGACAUCGCCGCGAAACGAACGCAAAUUCUCCGCUGCCACAGCGCCAUCGAUGAAAACAAAGUGGCUGAAAGCAUUUAAGAGCCUAAAGCCUGCUGGUUCUGGUUCAGCACAACAAGCAGAUAGGCGCAAUGGAGCCUCCAGCACAGCCUCUGAGCCGCUGCGUCCUAAUCUGGAUGGCAGCCACCACCUGCAGGAGUACACCUACAAGAAGAUAACGGCCUGCGAUGUCUGCUCUCAGAUACUAAGAGGCCACACACGCCAGGGAUUGCGGUGCCGCAUCUGCAAGCUGAACGCCCAUGGAGACUGUGCCCCCAAUCUGCCGCGCUGCCAGCCGAAGCAGAAGCUGCUGCGGCGUCAGAAGAGCACCUCGGAGCUGGAGAAUCGCGUUGAUAUCGAGGAAGAAACAGGCGCCGACAAAUCCGUCCAGGGCAAGCAAUUGGAUGGCAGCGUCGCUGGAGGAUCGGCACUUCCGGUUCCGGUUCUUUCCGAGCGGGAAAUGGGUAGGGCACCACCGCCGGAUAUACCAAUUGUCAGUGUCUCGGAAUUGGUCCUGCAGGAGCAGCAGCAGCAGCAACAGCAGCAACAUCAGCAGCAGCAACAGCAACAUCAACAGCAGCAACAGCUACAGCAGCAACAUCAGCAACAGCAACGAAGUCUGGCAUCGGUGGCGCAGGCGGCAGCAGUACGAGCAGGACGAGGUGUACGUCCGCCGCCUGUGGCCAUGCCCAUUCUGGGUGUGCAAUUGCAACAACAGGAACUGCAGCAGCAACGCGGCGGUCUGCCAGUGCCCAGCCAAGAUAUAUCUAGUAGCUCAGCACCGCACUCACCGCGCCGCCAAAAGUUGAACUUACGCAUGAAAUCCCUGAGCCUGGACUCGCCCGAAUCGUCGGAGCUGCAUGGCCAGUUCAGACGACGGGCCCAACUGCCCGGCACGGGUGCCUCGACAUCGGCUGGCUCCGGUUACUAUCAUGGUGGGUCCGGAGGCCACUUGGAGCACAGCACUCCGCCGUCGAACAACAGCCGUCUGCACUCACCAUCGAGCCCCUCGCAUCCGGGCCGCAAGCUGCUCUAUGCCACACGUGGAAUGCGUGGUGGCAGUGUCGAUUUGCCGGACGAGAUGGAGAAGUCACAGUCAUCGGCCAGCACAUCGCCAUGCCUCUCACCCAAAACACAUCGUCUGUUGCCAACGAAUCUGUAUGUUAUCAUCUAUAACUUCAAGGCACGACAUGCCGAUGAGCUGGACCUCAAAGCUGGCUACAAGGUAACUGUCAUUGACAAUUCAGACCCGGAUUGGUGGAAGGGCAAAGUGUUAGGACGCGUUGGUUACUUCCCAUCCAAGUACUGCGUGCGUCUGAAUGCCAACGAGAAACCGCUGCAGGUGACCCACAAUCUCCAGGUGUCAGACAGUGAACGUGGCGAGAAUCUUACUCUCUUAAGAGAUCAGAUUGUCAUACAGACUGGCGACGAGGUCAACGGCAUGGUGAUGAUCCGUGCCGCCGAGCACGGGCAGGGCUACUGCCCGAUCAAGUAUCUGCAGGAGGUGUGACAGCCAGAAGAGGACGAGCCGCCCUCCGACGAGCGGGACAGACCGCACAAGUCGUCCAUGCAGACGUCGUCGUCGCGGACGACGGACAAGACCAAGCGUAGGAUUAGAAUCGUAGUGUCCGAAAACCACAGCCUAGCUGCUAGUAGUGUUGCACCUGCACCACCCGCAUCCGCCUUUACAACCACCCAUCACCAUCAAGUCCCCAGGGAAUCUGACGUCGAGACGAAGCGGCUGAAUAUCGAUUAUGGCGACGAGGGCAGUGCCGAUUGGGACAAGGACCGCGAGGUGCUCAUCCUGUCUGGGAGGCGUAACAAGAAUGAUAAAAACUGGGAGAACUGGGAGCGUAUCCGAGAGCAGAAGCUGGAGAAGAUGAAGGGCAUUUGUUUUGAAAGCUAUCGCCAGUCGAAGCGGGACAAGUUACUGCAGGCAAAGCCGCGACCCAAACAGCUGGAUCCCACCUGGUACACGGAUAAUAUCUACUCAAACCGUUCCGACGACAUGGAUGAGGAUUACGUGCCAGAUUGCCUUAAGUAUGGUCCUUUUCGCACCCUGCGGGAUAUCCACGAGUUAGACGAGAAGAGCGGCGGAACUGAGGAGCGUCGUGUUGAUGGAGAGGGUUCUCCUGGCUAUGGCCUGCAUCGCUCCAAGAGCUGCAAGGAGUUCCAGUACCCCAAAUCACAGAGUUGGUGCUUCGAAGGCAAUGUCUUUGAAGCGGGCGGCGGUGUGGCCAGUGGCAGUGGCAGUUCCGGUGGUGCUGCACAGCCCACCACAUCUAUCCUGAAGAACCGCGCAGGUGUACCCAAGUCAUACUCCUUUAGUGCCACUACCAAGACCAUGCCCUUCGAUAUAAUCGACUAUGAGUUGCCUCCCGCCUCGAAUACGCGGAGGGAAAAAAGAGAAGCUCUGAGGCGGAACAUGAAUGCCCUGUGCAGCAGUAGUUUGGAUCGCUGCUGUGCCCGGGAUCAGUGCACCAGUGCUCGUUGCCUGCUAGAUGACAUCUAUCCGGGAUCCAGAAUGAGGCCCAGGGCAGCCGGAUCAGGUAGCAAUCGGAAUCUGAGUGCAGCGGACUGGCUAUUCGAGGAGCGUGCCGGAAGACAGAGGACCCCAGCUGCUCCAACGGUUAUUUGCUGCUGCUCUGCAGCUGAGGAUUGCUGCUGCCACCGCCAGCGCCAACAGCAACCACCACUUCCCGCUCGCCCAAGGUCACGACCCCUCUGUCCUGGUCACCAUCCCGCCGCCGAGGAAGAGGAGCAUAUGCACUGCCGCUAUGACACCGACCUGGAGCACUUUAUACGCGCAGAGCGAGAGCGCCUUAUGCUGCAGGAUAAGUUCCUGGAUGAAGAUGAGCGGUACCUGGCUGCUGCUCCGGCUCCAAGAAGUCCUGGCAGGAGGUAUCCAGCGGGAAACUAUCAUCGGCCGUCGCGCAGUAAAUCCCUGCUGGAGAUGCAGCCACCCCCGACUCUGUAUGACGAGGACACCUGCUCGGAUACCACUGAGAUCGAUCUGGAAGACUUCAACAUCGACCUCGAGAAGUACUGGGAGCAGCUGGACAAACCACCCAGUCCCAUCAACAUGGACAUGCGGCGCAACAUGCACAGCAGCCUCAAGGUGAAGAACGUGAAUGUCCGGUGCUACAACAAUGGCCAGCCCAUCGAUAUACACGACCGGGAGCAUGAGCGACUGAUGAUCAAGAAGUCACUGCUCGAGGGGAUGCCCUCGCCACCGCAGCUGGACUCCAGCGAGUCCUCGACCAAUGCGGGCGGUUAUCCUUUUUUUGACACUGCUCCCGCCGUUGCGCCUGCCCCCGCCUUCCAUCAUCGUUCGUCCUACGGACAACCCCAGGGCUAUGGCCACAAGGUGUAUCCCACGGUGGACACCCUGCCUUCGUACCAGUACAACAACUUCUAUCCGGAGCACAGCCACCCGACGGUCGGCAGUGUGCUGACCCAGCAGCCACCAGCCGGUAUUCAUCAUCCAUCCGCCGGCGGUCACUCGGCGCUCAGUCUGAUUAACAACAUCUUCUCGAUCUACAAGCCCAACAAGUAUUCGCCGGAAAACUGCCAGAUGAACUAUGAGAGUAAGCCAGAGCCGUGCAAGAAGAUGAAUGUGCCCAGUACCCAUAGGCCCCUGGGAGCAGCCACCCAUCCGUAUCCUCCCCAUGACUACAUGCACUCCUCAAUGAAGCGUCCACUGAUGGUGAGCGCUGAUCAGCCGCACUUUAAGAUCAUUCCGGAAAAGACUGGCCUUAAGAUCUCGCCUUUGUUGAGCUAUGAGGAUUAUGGCGGAGGCGGAGGAGAGAAGGCCCACCACAGACUGAGUAGCACGGCAAGGCCUCUGAUGCUUCCGCACUGAUGGUGCUGGACCUUUCCGUGGUAUGGCAAUGGCAAUGGCAACUAUUGUUAGUUGGGCUCCCGAACCAAUCCCAACUAUCCCAAAAGACUCGCGAGCAGCGAAAAGCAACCCAAACGCACAAAGAACCUGGGUCCAGUCAGAAGAUUUAGGGAAAACCGUUAACCAUCGGAGGAGGAGCGUAUUGGGAUCCUACCCGAAACCAUCCUCCAACUCCACCAACUCGCCUUCGUCUUCGUCGUCAGCGUCGUCGUCGUCCAUCCGCACAAUUUGCUUUUGGUUUUAGCCGGGCAGGUGUUCCAUCGUAGCAUCCUUGACACUCCAGCAACAGGAAAAACCAUUUGAACAACAACAGCAGCAACAACAACAACAACAGCCAUACCAUUGGAAAACCGCACUACAGACAAAAAGACAACAUCAACAGAACUACCGACAUGUCCACAUGUGUGUCAGAAGGAAGUUUUCAGUGCAAGAUUAGAUUAACGUAACGAUUUUGAUCAGCGGAUCGAUUAGGAUAGACUCAACAUACACAAUCCUCUUUCCCAGAUACACAUACAGAUACAAAACACACACACACACACAUAUGUAUACAAUCAAUGUGCUUUUAAUUCGCUUAAAAUCGCUAGAGAAAUCGCAGCAUUUGCAGUUCGAUUAACCACUAAACAGAUUCACUAAUUUUCGAGCAACUUUUAAGCAAUCAAGAAGCGUAUUCAAUAGAACAAAGUGUAGUAACUAAGUGGGUCGAUGAAUUAAGUAUUAAGCCGUUCAUAUCGCGUUUCAUAUAUAUAUAAAUAUAUAUAUAUUUCAGUAUGAACAGUAUUGUAUACCCUACUAAACUCUGUAGAAAGCUAAAACGGAUUUUAUUAGUACUGAAGAUUCCGAUGGAGUGUAUUCUACUAGACUCGUGAAUGUCAAGCGGUACUUAUUUUGGCCUCCAAUAUCGUAGUAGAUCGCGAUCAUUUUUGAGAUGCUAACAAAAAACAAAACGUAAAACGAAAUAUGAAAACUAUGGCGAACCGUUUUUAUUGUCACCAAAAUUUUUUCUAUUUUUUAUACCAAAUAACUUUGAAUCAACUAAACGGAAGGAGACGGAGUUAUCGAAAUUGCUAGGAUCGAUAAGGCAAGAAGCUUUCCCCAUGAGUUGCGGCUACUAGAAGCGAUUAUACGAAUGCAUGCUUAUGCUAUUUAUAUAUAUAUAGAUCUAUAUAUAUAUAUAUGAUUAGGUGCGGUACGGAUUGAGAACAGGAUAGAAGCGCUUUUUAUAAAACUAACUAGAUUUGUAUCGAAAUGUGAAACAUUGAAUAUGAUAAACAUGAAUUGUACUUUUAUGAUGUAUGCGUAUCCACUGGCCUUAUUUAUUGAGAAGUAACCAAAACAAUGAGCUGAACCCUCACACACACACUUAUCAACACACAGAGACACUACAACUCCCAGAAAAACAACUUGAGAAUUACAUAUUGAACUUUCAGAAACAGAAAGAUUCAAGCUUAGGGCUUUUGCGUCACUUUUGUUAAUUGUUUUUUGGCGUCCAAUUUUACAUGAUAACUAACGUAGGACUCUAGACAAACAAAUCGAAACUAUCGAGCAUAGAUUAACUAUCAAGUAUUUUGUAGAGAGUAAGCUAACUAAAAAAAAAACAAAGAAAAAACAAUGAAAAACAUAAACCAAACCAAAUGAAGAUAACUUUUUAGCGCGAGACUCCUUGUGCGAGAAGAUUUUGAAUUUGAAUUUAUUUUUAAUGACUUUUGAAUACAAAACGACGAAACAAAUGAAGAAGACAUUUUAUCAGAGAUCGUUUUUUAUCUAUUUAACAUUUUCUUGAACCACAUACAACAACAACUACUUGCUAAGUGUACCCUAUGGCCUAUGAGUUAGUUCUAAGAAAGUGUUUUUCCACGCCCCCCCAGCUUAGACCACAAAAACAAGAUGACAGAAGAAGAUUAAGGGGAAAUUCUGCACAAAACCCAAAUCUAUGGAAUAUCCAAACACACUGCACCCAAAUUAAUUGUACGAUAUAUAUAGUAUCGAGUAACGAUCACGUUUAGUUAGUAAGGGAAAAUUGUAUUGUAAAAUGAAUGGAAUCGAUGAACACGAAAACGCCCAAAUCUUAUGAGUAUGUAAGCAAAGCCGAAAACUUGAAUUCAAAAACAAGGAUAAUCGCUCCCCGCGGUCAUCUAAACUGCUGAAAUUGGCACUUAAGUAUAUAGGUAUACAAACACACUAAAACAUACACAGACAUACACACACACACACACACACACACACACAUACAGAACAUAUGUAUGUAUGUACAACUUAGUAGAAUUUUUGCGACUAAAACUAAACUGAACUUGCAAAACGUAGCGCGACAUUUGUGCAAGUCCAAGGUCCCCGAGAGCCCAUUCGAUGGGUAGAAAUUCGAGGGGGUCAACUUCACGAAAAACAGCUUCUUGUUUUUAGCGUAAAUUUUGUUUGACAUAUAUGUAUGUAUAUGGAUAUGUAUGUACAUGUAUGUACAUAUGUACGAUUAGAGGCGACCAGCAUGACAAUGCACCUGGCGCACCUGGUAGCACAGGUAGCUAGCAGAGAGAAUACAUGUAAACAGUAACUAGUAAAAUGGAACAAUAUAAUAAUAUCAGUGCAACGUAAUAUAUCAGUUAAAAUAACAGAGGCAAGCUCAGAGAACUCAACUCAUUUAGCACUCAACCUGCAAUUUGAAUGUGAAAAACAACACUCUCCCCCCUCUCUCUCAUCCCCCAAGAACCCGCUUCUCCGACGCGACCCCAUUAAUUUACCUGAAUUGCAAAUAAAAAAGAUGUUCAAUUCGAUGUGAAAAAAACAACAA